AUGUUCGGUAAAUCAUUCAGAGAUCGAUUCCUCUUUCCCUCUGAGGUGGUCCCUCUCAACCAUGGCUCAUUUGGUGCUGUUCCCAGACGCGUCUAUCAAUCAUACCAACAAGCCAUUUACGAUGACCUCAAAUUCCCUGAUCAGUUCAUGUUUUCUAAGCAGGCACCGGAAAUGGAGAAGUCGGUAAAGUUGGUGGCCAGAGUUCUCAACACAGACUUCACCAACUUGGCUCUUAUUCCUAACGCCAGUACAGGAAUCAACAUCGUCUUUAGAGACUUCCCCUUUGUUAAAGGUGAUACUGUUAUUCUUACUUCGAUCAUUUAUGGAGCCUGUGGAAAUACCGUUGAUUAUGUAGUUAAUAGAUACGGUCUUAACUUGAAAGUUAUCGAUAUCAAGCUUCCUAGCACUGAGCAGGCCAUUCUUGGCCAAUUCAAAGAAGUCUUUGAGGAAACCAGGGCUCCUGGGAAAGCCAUCUGUAUCUACGAUGCUAUAUGCUCGAUGCCUGGUAUAAGGAUGCCAUUUGAAUUGAUAACCAGAAUGUGCAAACAGUACGGAAUUACUAGUUGCGUCGAUGGUGCUCAUUCCAUCGGUAUGUUGAACAUUGAUCUCUCUGCAAUAGAUUGCGACUUCUACACGUCCAACAUGCAUAAAUGGAUGUAUCUUCCUCGAGGCUGCGCUGUUCUGUUCGUGAACCCGAGAUGGCACGAUUAUAUAAUGCCGUUUCCUAUUUCUCACACCUACAAGAACGAGCCGUUCUACAAAAGGUUCAUUUUCUAUGGCUCCAACAAUUAUAACUCCUUCUACUGUAUUAAGGAUGCUCUUGAUUUCAUCCAAGAGGACUGCGGCGGGUUUGAAAAGAUCAGAGAAUAUUGUAAAGGCCUUUCCGAUGGACUUAUUGCCCAUUUUGGUCAAGAUAGAAUUGUCAAGGUUGAUGGAGCCACCGGUGAUGAUCUUAACUUCAUGGUGACAGUGAAGGUUCCACUUGACCAGAAUCAACAUGAAUAUUUCGCCAAUGCCUUCAAAGACAAAGAACAUGAAACCAAGUUGAUAAAAUUUGUAGAAAAUGAAUCGUUGCAGAAAUACAAGACAUUCAUUCAGUUUGGAUGGCAUAACAACUUUAUGUACGUUCGAUUCAGCUGUCAGAUCUACAAUGAUUUGCACGAGUAUUUCUGGGGAUAUGAGAGAUUUGAAGAGGUGAUGAAAAAUGCCAUUAGUGAGUGCAACUAA